AUGACUAAUAACAUAAAGCUCAACUACAGCAAUUCUGGGAACUGUGAUAAUCAUAAUCUGACGAAAAUUAAGCCUUGUGAUAAUUUGUCAUUUAAUGAUGAUUUUACUAAUUGUGAUGUUGUUGAAUGGAAUAGAAAUUGUGAUAAAAAUCAUGAUCCUCAUUCUGAAAGAUAUAAGGAUAAGAAUGGCAGAAAGAAACGGGAAAAAUCUCCUGAAAGGCACAAAUAUGACAAAAAUCAUCACCGGGAGAGAACCCCUCACAGGGACAAACAUGAUUGCCGAGAACAGACCCCUCAUAGGGACAAAUAUGUGGCACAAAGAAGACAUAGAAUUGAUCAAUCUCGUUCUUCUAGAAGAUCAAAGUCACCCCAGCGGAAAUCAAAAUCACCCCAUCAGAAAUCAAAAUCACCACAUCAGAAAUCAAAUUCAUCUCCUCAGAAGCCAAACUUACCUUCUUGUGAGUCAAAAUCGCCAUUCCAAAUGUUGAAAUCACCACGGGGGAAGUCCAAAUCACCAUGCCAUAAGUCGAAAUCAUCAUACCAGAAGUUGAAAUCACCAUACUGGAAGUCAAAGUCAUCUCGCUGGGAGUCAAAGUCACCACGCAGGGAGUUAAAAUCACUGCACCAAAAGUCGAUGUCACUGCACCGAAAGUCAAAGUCACCAGAUCGGAAGUCAAAGUCACCGCAUCGGAAGUCAAAGUCACCGCAUCGGAAGUCUGAAUCACCACCUCGGAAGUCAGAAUCACCACCUCGGAAGUCAGAAUCACCACCUCGGAAAUCAGAAUCACCACCUCGGAAAUCAGAUUCACCAACUCGGAGAUCAGAAUCGCUGCCUCGGAACUUAGAAUCACUGUGCCAGAAAUUGAAAUCACCACAUUGGGAAUUGAAAUCACCACACCAGGAAUUGAAAUCACCACACCAGGAACUGAAAUCACCACACCGGGAAUUGAAAUCACCACAUCGGGAACGGAAAUCACCACACCGGGAAUUGAAAUCACCACACAAUGAAUUUAAAUCACCACAUCGGGCAUGGAAAUCACCACACCAGCAGUCGCAAUCACCACAUCAGAAAUUGAAAUCACCACAUCAGAAAUUGAAAUCACCACAUCAGAAACUGAAAUUACCACAUCAGAAACUGAAAUCACCACAUCAGAAACUGAAGUCACUGCAUAGUAAAUGGAAUUCACCACAUCAGAAACUGAAAUCACCACAUCAUAAAUUAAAACCAUCUUAUCUUUCGUUAAUCUCACCAUCUAAGAAACGACAAUCUCCUGAACAUUGUAUAGAGCAAAGAAAAACUACACCUGUGAGAGAAAAUCACAGUCCCAGGAGACGGAAAAGAAGUCAUAUGGAAGCAGAAAAACUAGUGAGAGAGGAGAAUCAAAAGAAAAGUCCAGAGCAAAAUCGAGUGAAAAGUCAAGAGCAAACUCGAGAGCAAAUUCAAGAUCAAACUCGAGAGAAAGAAAGGUCAAGAGCAAAUUCAAGACCAAAAUCGAGAGAAAGAUUGAGAGCAAAUUCAAGAGCAAAAUCAAGAGAGAAAAGUCAAAGAUCUAGACACCUGCCCUCAAGAUCAAGGAAGUCUUCUCCUGAUAAGCGAAUUCUUCUAUCAUUGCUUACAAAACCUUAUGAAGGUGUAUUUUCUUCUUAUGCUGAGAAAUUCUACUCUCGGAAACAAGGUACUAGAGAAGUUACUGGAACUAAGUUCUUGGUAGAUCUGCAUGCAAAAUUCAAAGAGGAGUUAGUUGAUCGAGCAGAAAAUGUGAGAGCUUCAAAACCAAAGUACGAACCUCCUGCAAGAAAGACAAAAUUAAGUUGCAAUAAAGAAACUGAUUGUGAUAGUGGGAAUUCUAGCAGUAGCGAGAAAACUUCUAGUGAUGAGGAAGAUACUGCAAUGGAAGAACUGGAGAAAAAGAGAAAACAUCCUCAUCGCCUUCACCAUGAAUUGUGGUAUAAUGAUCCCAAAGAGAUGAAUGAUGGCCCUUUGUGUAGAUGCAGUGCCAAAGCUAGACGUUCUGGAAUUCGUCAUGGUAUCUAUGCCGGGGAAGACCAUUUGCCUUUAUGUAAUCCCUUGAGUAAUAAUGCAGACAGAUUACAUCAUUAUAGAAUAACUAUGAACCCUCACACAAAUUUUCUGACUAGCUCUCCAACAAUCAUAUCUCACAAUGGAAAAGAUUAUGUUUUUGAGGGAUUUUCUAUGUUUUCUCAUUCACCUUUACCCAAUCUCCCAAAUUGUAAAGUUAUUCGUUUUAACUAUGAAUAUACCAUCUUGUACCUGAAAGAAGAAAGCCCACUUAAUUUUACAAUUGAGGGACUGGAAUUAUUUUCAAAGUUUCUAAUAGUGGAAAUUUUAGAACUUGUAGAUUUGAAUUGGAAGGCUCAUGAUGAUCCAGAUGGUUGUCCUCGCUUCCAUUUUUUGCCAAGGUUUGCACGAGAAGUACAUGGUAAAACAAAAGAAUUGCUAUCACUAAAUGUUGUGUUACAGUACCUCCUAGAUGCAAAUAAAAUUCUUGUUGAUGAAGCAAAACUGCCUGAAAUUUUAGCUAAAAGUAGCCACGAAUGGCAAAGUGUCGCUGAUGAAGUGAAAGGAAUGAUUGUGACUUGUCCUGGUAUGAAGCCAUCUUCCAUACGUGUUGAUCAAUUGGAUAGAGAACAAUGCGAGUCAAAAACUUCAGAUUUUCCAGUUAUUGUGCAUUUUGGAGUUCGACCGCCACAGCUUAGUUAUGCUGGAAACCCAAACUACCAAAAAGCUUGGAGAGAUUAUGUAAAAUUUCGUCAUUUGUUGGCCAACAAACCUAAAGUCUUGUUUGCUGAUAAACAGGCAUUAUCUAAGAAAGAAAUGAAACUGCAAGAAAUGAGAAUGGAAAAUGAUUUAAAGCGAGAUGUUACUGUUGUCAUAAGUAGUAAAGGCUUCUAUAAAACUGGAAUCAUGAGUGAUAUAAUUCAGCAUGCCAUGCUUCUACCUGUUCUUGUUUGCCAUUUGAGGUUUCAUGACUCUUUAAGCCACUUAGAAGAUAAAAUUGGUUAUCAUUUUCAAGAUCGUUUCCUUCUGCAGCUUGCCUUGACACAUCCUUCCUAUAGAGAAAAUUUUGGUACCAAUCCAGAUCAUGCCCGCAAUUCAUUAACAAACUGUGGCUUGAGACAGCCUCAGUAUGGUGAUCGGCGCAUACAUUAUAUGAAUACCAGGAAGAGAGGAAUCAAUACUUUAAUCAAUAUAAUGUCUCGGUUUGGGAGCCAGCAAGAGUCAAGAUCAUGUAUCAAUCACAAUGAGAGACUAGAGUUUUUAGGUGAUGCUGUUGUGGAAUUCCUUUCUAGUAUACAUCUAUUCUACAUGUUUCCUGAUCUUGAAGAAGGAGGCCUUGCUACUUAUCGUGCUGCAAUUGUACAAAAUCAGCAUCUAGCAAUAUUAGCUAAAAAACUUCAAUUAGAAAAGUUCAUGUUAUAUGCACAUGGUUCUGAUUUGUGUCAUGAUUUGGAAUUGAGGCAUGCUAUGGCUAAUUGCUUUGAAGCAUUAAUGGGUGCCUUAUUUUUGGAUGAUGGGAUAGAAGUUGCAGACAAGGUGUUUUCCAUUACUUUGUUUUCUGAACCAGUUCUUCUUGCUGUGUGGAAAAAUUAUCCUCUUCAUCCUCUUCAGGAGCAAGAGCCUGGUGGUGACAGAAGAUGGAUCGAGUCUGUUCCUUUGCUACAAAAGCUGCAUAAAUUUGAAGAAGCUAUUGGCAUAGAAUUUACUCAUAUACGUCUGCUUGCAAGAUCUUUAACUCAUCGUAGUUUAGGAUACAAUAAUUUGACUCUGGGUUCAAAUCAGAGACUUGAAUUUUUGGGAGACACUGUACUUCAGCUGGUUGCUUCUGAGUAUCUUUAUAAAUUCUUCCCUGAGCAUCAUGAAGGACAUCUGUCUCUGCUAAGAAGCUCUCUUGUUAAUAAUCGAACCCAAGCUGUGGUUUGUCAAGAUUUAGGAAUGGUAGAAUAUGCAAUUUAUCCAUAUGACAAAGUUGAACUGAAAUCUAAGGAUAAAGCAGAUCUUCUAGAAGCUUUUUUGGGAGCUUUAUAUGUUGACAAAGAUCUUGGCUACUGCAGAAAGUUUUGUGAGGUUUGUUUCUUUCCAAGGCUACAGGAUUUUAUCAUGAAUCAAGACUGGAAUGAUCCAAAGUCAAAGCUUCAGCAGUGUUGUCUUACCUUGCGCUCAAUGGAUGGCGGUGAACCAGAUAUUCCAACAUAUAAAGUUAUUGAAUGCAAGGGCCCUACAAACACACGUGUGUAUUCUGUUGCAGUGUAUUUUCAGGGAAAUCGAUUGGCUGUUGGAUCUGGCCAUAGCAUUCAACAAGCCGAGAUGGAUGCUGCUAGCAAUGCAUUAAGAAAAUCUAAAGGUCUGUUUCCUCAGUUAAAACAUCAGCGGAGAGCCAUUGAGAGAAGUUUGAAACAAGGACACCGAAGCAGAACACCUAGUUCUUUAAGACAUAAAUCUAAAUCAUGAGCUUAAGCUAGAUGAAACAAACUCAGUAUUAUACUUAACUAAAUUUCAAUACAUACAUAUUAUAUAUAUGUAUGCAUA